AUGACGAUGAACGUUCGUAUCGCUCAAACAUAUUUUAUUUUCAACUAUCGAUACGAUGAACCAGCUUAUUCUCUCUACAAAAUAGGAAACAAAGUACAGCAUAUAACUACGAAUGCUAUCAACGUGAGAUUAACAAAGUGCGAUUUUCACGGACGUUCUCUUGUCGACUUAGACCAAAGAUUAUUUCCGUUAGUCCAUGUGGGCCGUCUUGCUUGA